AUGUUUGGCUUCUCUCGUCGUCGUAUGAAACUUGGCAGAUUGAAGGUGCAGCUUUCUGAGGCCAACCAGGGAACCAGAACUCCCGUCAGGCACCCCAAACGAAAUGGAAACUCCAAUGGAGAAGGAGAUGCAGGGUCCAAUAGCCAUUCUGAUGAAGUUGAUUGCCAGCCUUCAGCUGAGAUAAGUAGUUGUGCAUCAGGCAGCUCCGAGAACUGGAUGGUGUUAUCUAUUGCUGGGGAUAAACCCACUCCUAGAUCCAAUCACACAGCAGCAGUCAUUGGGAAUAAGAUGAUAGUGGUAGGCGGUGAAUCUGGGACUGGCUUGCUGGAUGAUGUACAGGUGCUGAAUUUUGAUAGAUUUUCGUGGACCAAGGCAUCGUCAAAGCUUUACUUAUCACCAAGCAGUCUGCCACUGAAGAUUCCAGCAUGCAAGGGCCAUAGUUUGGUAUCCUGGGGGAAAAAGGCACUUCUAAUUGGAGGGAAAACAGACCCAGGAAGUGACAGAAUCUCAGUAUGGGCAUUUGACACAGAGACAGAGUGCUGGUCACUCAUGGAGGCGAAGGGAGACAUACCAGUUUCUCGCAGUGGUCAUAGUGUUGUUAAAGCGGGCACUGUUUUAAUAUUGUUUGGUGGAGAGGAUGCAAAAAGGAGGAAACUGAAUGAUUUGCAUAUGUUUGAUCUCAAGUCCUUUACAUGGCUUCCACUUCACUACACGGGAACAUCACCUUCUCCCAGAUUCAACCAUGCAGCUGCUCUUUAUGAUGAUAAAAUUCUUUAUAUAUUUGGAGGAUCAUCAAAAUCCAGGACCUUAAAUGAUUUGUAUUCGCUUGACUUCGAAUCGAUGGCAUGGUCCCGAAUAAAGAUAAGAGGUUUUCAUCCAUCACCUAGAGCUGGUUGUUGUGGUGUCCUAUGUGGUACUAAAUGGUAUAUUACAGGGGGUGGAAGCAGGAAAAAAAGACAUGGAGAGACCGUAAUAUAUGAUAUUGUAAAAAAUGAAUGGUCUGUGGCUAUCACUUCGCCUCCAUCUUCGAUCACUACAAACAAGGGUUUCAGCAUGGUACUUGUGCAGCACAAGGAAAAGGAUUUUCUUGUUGCAUUUGGGGGAUCCAAAAAGGAGCCAUCAAAUCAGGUGGAAGUGUUGAUAAUGGAAAGGAAUGAGUCAGCACUAGGGAAACAAUCAGCUCCAAGUAAAUGUUCAGCAUCUGUACUACUUGAAAAACAUUCAUCAUCCGCUAGAUUUGCCUCCCAACUUAAAGAUUGUUCCCAACAUUUAGUUGAUUCAGUUGCUAGACAAAAUUUAGCUUCUGCAAUUGAACAUGGUUCUGGCAGGAGAUCUCUGUCAGAAUCACUGGUUGUUGACCCCAAUUUCCCCCCCACCAACACCUCCCUUCGUAAGCAAUUUGAUCACGAUGAAGAAUACAAUACUGAUCUCAAGAUGGACAAGAACUCAGAUGAAAGUUCCUUCCCUCGGGCUGGAGAUCACAGAAUAAACGAAAAUGAUCAUAGCAAACAGAUGAACACUUGUGGAACCAAGACCAAUAUAGAGGAACAGGCAAUGUUAUCCGGGAUUCCAAGCCAACAAAACCUUGUAUUUGAAAAUGACGUGCCGGAAAGUGAUAAUUUGUCAUUUUCUGAAAACAAUAAAUCAGGAUCACCGUCUACAUCAAAUGUCUAUCACUACUACGAAAGUAAAGUGGCUUCCCUAAUAAGGAAAAAUGGAAUUCUGGAGGGGCAACUGGCAGCUUCCUUGGCAAGCAAAGAAGCUGCAGAGAAAAGCUUGACAUCUGUUCUUAAAAGUAGGCAGGAAAUGGAGAGGAAAUUGGCGGAUGGACAGAAGGAGAUGGAAUUGAUGAGAGAGAAGCUGGCCAGUCUAGAGUUGGCCCAGGAAGAGGCCAACAACCUAUCGAACAUUGUGCAUUCUGACAAUGUACGGCUUGAGCAUGAUGUGGCCUUCCUCAAGGCCGUAUUAGAUGAUACUCAGAAGGAGUUGCAUUCUACAAGAGGAGUUAUUGCAGGAGAAAGAGCAAGGGCAUUUCAACUACAGUAUGAAGUUUUUCAUCUCAAACAAAGAUUGCAAUCAAUGGAAAAUAGAGCAUCCACUACACCCAGGAAACCGUUUCAUGUGCAGUGA